AUGAGCUCUAGUCCUGAAACCUUCUCUUUAGAUCCUUCCUCUUCUUCUUCGUCCAACAACCCUAGACCUCCUCUUCCAAUUAGUGAAUACGAGGUUUUCUUGAGCUUUAGAGGCCCCGAUGUUCGUCAAACAUUUGCUGAUCAUCUGUAUAGCUGCUUUGCUCGUUCCAAAAUCCGUACAUUCAGAGAUGAAGAAGAGCUCCGAAAAGGAGAGGUCAUUGCUCCUUCUCUUGUGAGAGCUAUCAAGGAGUCCAAAAUCCACAUUCCGAUUUUCACCGAAAACUAUGCUGCCAGCAAAUGGUGUCUCCAAGAGUUAGCUCAGAUGGUGAGGUGUUGGAAGGAAAGGAAGGGACACAUCAUCCUCCCUAUUUUCUAUUUUGUGGAUCCUAGAGAUGUGAGGCAUCAAAUAGGUCCUUACUGGGAAGCAUUUGAACAACACAGCCUCAAACAUGAUCUAGAAACCACAAGAGAAUGGAGGGAAUCUCUACAGGAAGUUGGGAAAAUGAAAGGAUGGCACAUCACCAAGUCAAGCGGAGAGGGAGCUAUGAUAGACCAAAUAUUUACUGAAGUUGAGCUACGUCUAAGGACUAGUCACACCUUAUUAGUUACAGAUCAGUUGGUGGGAGUCAAUUUCCACGUCCAAGAGGUGAUGAGACUACUCACUCAAGAAUUUGCAGAUGAGAGAAUGGUUGGCAUUUACGGUAUGGGUGGUCUCGGUAAAACAACCAUAGCGAAGGCUGUCUAUAACAAAGUUAAUAUGCAUUUCGAUCGUUGCUGUUUCAUUGAAAAUAUACGACAAAUACUGUCAGAAAAUGGUGGGGUAGAGAUUUUACAGAACAAGAUAAUCUCGAGCAUUCUAAAGAAUGAUCGUGAGAUCAAAGAUACUGGUGAUCGAAUUCAUCAAAUAAAAAAUCGAGUUUGCAAGCACAAAAUUCUUAUCGUUCUUGACGAUGUAGAUGGAAUGUUCCAGUUUGAAGAGAUUUUGGGGAACAUAGGUAACUUCUCAUCAGAAAGCAGAUUUAUUGUCACUACAAGAGAUAGAAGAGUUCUAGAAUUCCUCCAGGUUUAUAAGUCUUAUGAACUCAAAGAGAUGAGUCGCGAUCAUUCACUUCAACUCUUCAGUAAACAUGCCUUCCGGAUGGACUAUCCUCCCGAAGAUUAUGUUAAUCUAUCCGAUGAAUUCGUGCAAGUUGCAGCAGGUUUGCCUUUGGCUUUAAAGGUUAUAGGGUCACUUUUGUUUCAAACUAACCUGAUCUUUUGGGAGCAAAAACUGGCGGAGCUAAAAGAAAUACCUGCAGCGAAGGUGCAAGAAAGAUUGAAGAUAAGUUUUAAUGAAUUGACUUACAAUGAAAAGCAAAUCUUCCUUGAUAUUGCUUGUUUUUUUGUUGGGGUGAAUAAGGAGUCGCCAAUUUUUAUGUGGAGUGACUGUGACUUUUAUCCCGGAAGUGCCAUAAGGACUCUUGUGUUAAGGUCGUUGAUAAGAAUUAAUGAGAAGGAUGAGUUCUGGAUGCAUGAUCACAUUAGAGAUCUCGGCAGAGCCAUUGUCCGGGAAGAAAAUUUUCGAAAUCCAGGCAAACGUAGCAGGGUAUGGUCUAACAAAGAUGCCUUGAACAUGCUAGAAAGUGGAGAGGGAACUGACUGUGUUGAAGUUCUUAGAGUUGACAUGGAAGAUGCAGAUUAUGAUGAGCUCACAGAGAUGGACUUGGAGCAGCUGACAGGAUUGAGGUAUCUUGAAGUGCGAUGUGGCAGUCUAACCGGAGAUUUUACAGAGGUUCUUCCAAACAUACGCUGGCUUAGAUUGCAUGAUUGUGACUCAAUUCCCACUGAUAUGGACUUAGAGAAACUAAUAGUUCUUGAUAUGAAGGAUUGUCCUGUCAAAGAUAGCUGGAGAUCAUGGAAUAGCAUCAAGGUACAAUUAAUUUUGCUACACAUACAGGUGGCACAUAAUUAUAAGUUGAAAGUGGCGAAUCUAGUGGACUGCGACAAGUUAGAAAAGCCUCCCAGCAGCUUGUCCCGCUGUGAAAGCCUGGAGUUGUUAGAUUACAGUGGAUGCAUGUCGAUGCAGGGAGAGCUGGAGCUGGAAAGGUUGAAGAAUCUGAGGGUGUUGAGGCUGUGUCGCACUGAAAUAACAAAGCUAAAAGUGGGGGGCGACAUUGGGAUGCUUCCACAUCUCAAGGAAAUAGACUUUCGGUUUACGAGGUUGACAGAGGUGCCACCUGGGAUUAGCAAGUUACACUCCCUCGAGAUCUUGGACGUGACAGCAUGUCGGCGUAGUGAUAUUGAAUCGCCAGUGUGCCUGAUGGAAAUGCUGCCUCCGAAUCUGAAGCGCCUCGCCAUCGUGUCCUUCACUCUCUCGACCCAGCUCCCACCAUUGUUGACCCAUCUGGAAGUUGGUCACUCCAUGCAACUCGAGAGGCUGUCGAACAAUCUCGCAAGCCUGAGUAAGAACCUGACGGAGCUACGUCUGUACGUGGUCGGGAUAUUUGAGAUUCAUGGCCUUGGAGAGCUGACGGCGUUGGAGACUCUGGACAUAGAUGACGCCCCAAAUCUGCGUACUCUGGACGGCCUUCAACGUUUGGUGCUUCUGAAAGAGCUGAGCGUGAGGGAAUGCCAUUCGCUGGGAAAGCUACCAAGUGUCGCAAACUUGAACAAGCUGCACACGUUAGAGAUCUCUGGCUGCAAGCUUCUCUCCGAGAUCCACGGGUUGGGGGAACUCGCAUCAGGAACGUUAUCAAGCUUGGAAAUCAAUGAUUGUCCAAGGUUGGAAAAUAUAGGCGGUGAUAUGGUGAUGAGACUGGAGAGUCUGAUCCUGGCGGAGCUUCAGUUGACAAAAUUGCUACCACAAUCGCUGGACAGCUGCUGCACCAAACUUAGGAGCCUGACCAUUGAAGAAAGCGUGGAUGAUGACCAAGACGACGAUGUCGAAAUAAUAAUGCCACUACAGCGACUUCCGGACCUCUCCGGGCUAGUGAAUUUGAUGGAACUUCGGAUCAGUGGGUGCCAGGAGGUUGUUGAGGUCAGAGGGCUUGAUGGGUUGGAGUCGUUACACACGUUGGAGAUUGUCGUGUGCAAGUCGAUUAGGAAGUUACCGGAUUUGUCCGGCCUGAGGGAACUGGAAUGGUUAUGUCUCGAUGGAUGCACGCAGUUGACGGAGGUUCCGGGGCUAGGGAGGUUGGAGUCACUGGAAUAUCUGUCCAUGGCGGGCUGCAGCUCCAUCAAGAGGUUGCCGGAUCUAUCGGGCCUCAACAACUUGACGACGCUGAAUGUUAGGAAAUGCCCGAAACUGAAAGAGCUGAAGGGGCUGGAGAGACUGGAGAUGCUACAAGUCGUGGAAACAGACAAAAGGUUGAAGGUCAGGCAUCUAUUGAGAUCAGUUGCCAGAUACGGGAAGCGAAUUACUCGAUCGGUUCGUGGGGUUCUUAAUUAG